AUGGCUGAAGAGAUUUCCACCUCUGACCUUUGCAAUGUUAAACAAUGUUGCGAAGAGUUUCUUGAUGCCGCAGAGGACGAUCAUGUAUACCAACAGGCGUCCCUGGAGAAGUUUGCGUUGGCGUCAUUGGCAUGGUUCACCAGCGACAGCGAAUCCUUGUUUCUGAAACGUUGCAAGGAAACUGGCAACACUGAGAUCGUGUACCGCGAAGCAAUGGUGGAGUACUUCACUUCUUCGAGGGUGGAGUCAGGCCUCGAAAAUCUGAAAAAGGUCGCCAUGGAGGGUCACGAUGAGGAAAAAAGUGCAUGCUUUUUUAUGUGCAGUGAAGACGAAGGAGAGAAAAAACAAGGUUUUGAUAUUUUUUGUUCAUUUAAAGCGUCCACAUCUAUUAUUAUGAAAUGCAGGAAUAGGGUGAAAGCUUUUGUCCAAAGCAUGUGGGUCAAUAACAAAGCAGUGAUUCGAAAUCGCAAGACAUCUUUCUGCCCUUCCGUCACGUGCAAUAGUGAGAGGCUGAACAAGCUUUCAAGAUGGACGUCAUCUUCUGAAGAUGAAGAAGCUGGUAGCAAUGCUAUUUCCUGUGAAUGUUGCCGUGUGGAUUAUGAACUUUGGACUGUUUUGUAA